AUGCAUAUGUGUAUUUCUGGGGUUUAUGAUCACAAGUUCGUUUUUCUUAGCCUCCCAAAAUUACAAAAAAAUGUUGGGCUGCAAUCUGAAGCUAAGAAGAGCAGAAAAUGGAACAAUUCUUCUUUUUCUUGUAGUCUCAAUUUCAAGAAACCCAUUUCAAAGCUGGAUUUUCUUACCAAAGCUGCAUCUGCUUCUUCCUCCUCUUCCCUAAGUGGCUCCGGCGCCGAAUUGAAUGAGCAAGUCCUGGUCGAACGGAAGAAAAAAACGCAAGGAAUAGCAGGCAUAGAUCAGGACGAAUUACAAGAUCCAACUCAUCUAGCUGAUCCUGACAGUUGCUUUUGUGAGUUCAAUGGGGUACAACUACACCACAAGAUUUGUGAUGCAGUAGAAGAUGCAUCCAGUUCGCAAUACCCUCACAUUGCUAAAAGGGUUAACUUCCCUAUGAUCUUGUUACAUGGCUUUGGAGCCUCUGUCUUUUCGUGGAAUCAAGUUAUGAAACCUUUAGCACAGGUCAUUGGUUCAAAAGUUCUUGCAUUUGAUAGACCGGCAUUUGGAUUGACAUCUAGGAUAAAUCCCGUUGAGCAUUCAUCUCCUGUUAGCCAAGAUACCAGAACUUUAAAUCCAUAUUCGAUGAUGUUUUCUGUGUUGGCAACUCUAUACUUCAUCGACUUUCUAAAAGCAGAGAAGGCCAUCCUUGUGGGGCACUCUGCUGGUUCCCUAGUAGCUGUAGAUGCAUAUUUUGAGGCACCAGAACGGGUUGCUGCUCUAAUCCUUGUUGCCCCUGCAAUUCUUGCACCAUUCACUGCACAGAAAGUUGACAAAGAAAAGCAAGGUGGCAGAGACAAACAGAUCCAAGAGAGCAGCUUGGAUUUCAAUAACCCUGAGAAUCUAUUUUUCAGAUUUUGUAGCCUUUUGUCAAACUUAACUAAAUAUGUUGCGAAGGCAAUAGUACGCAUGGUGAAAGGGAUGGGAGAAAUGAUAAACUCUCUGUAUAAGAAAGCUUUAUCGACAAUUCUGCGCUCUGCAUUUGGUGUGACGGUGGUAAGGAUGAUAAUUGAUAAAUUUGGUAUACCAGCGAUCCGGAAUGCAUGGUAUGAUUCAAAUCAAAUUUCUGAUCAUACUUUACAAGGCUAUACAAAGCCACUGAAGGUCAAGGGCUGGGAUAAGGCUCUUGUGGAAUACACUGUGGCAUUGCUAACAGAUUCUGCAUCUAAACUGAAGCCACCACUAGCAGAAAGGCUGAGCAAAAUCUCAUGUCCAGUUCUCAUUGUCACGGGGGAUACUGAUCGACUUGUCCCCUCAUGGAACUCUGAAAGACUUUCACGUGCCAUUCCGGGGUCUUGUCUUGAAAUAAUCAAGAAUUGUGGUCACUUACCCCAAGAAGAAAAGGCAAUCGAGUUUGUGUCUAUUGUUGAAAAAUUUCUGCAAAGAGUAUUUGGCGCUGCAGAAGAGGCACACCUGCAAGCUCCACCGGGAAAAUCAAAUCCUGACAUGAAAUCAUCACCGAAUAUCAUAGCACCAGCUGCUAACGCUCCUGCUCCUACCCCCAUUGCGAAAUCAGGUCCACCCCUUCCUGUUCCUGGUGGUCUUGUAGAAGAUGGCAUAUUUACAUAA